CAAAAGCAGAUCUGCUGCAGACAUCAGCUGUCCCGAGCGUCCAGUCUGCCUCAGCACCUCGCCUGCCCGCUAUGCCCUUGGACACUGCUGCCCCUCCUCCUGAGAGAGCGCUGCUGGAGAACCCAGGAGAACGUUAAAGCCCUAAAGCUGAAGACCUGCAGGGAAGAAGGAGGACGGAGGGAUUGUUUGUUUUGCCUGAAGACUUUUAGAAACCGUAACUUCUUCCUCUUCUUCAUCUCUGGGCGCUUAUGAGCUGAGGCGAGCUCGCACUGCAGGACUCGUUAAGGUUCCUGAGGUUCUUGAAGGCUCUGCCGGGGGACCGUUUCUUCUUCUCGCUUAGGCUGUGACGACCGAGGAGCUUUUCCCCCCGCAUUUACGCUUUUGCACCUCCUAAAAAAACCCACUUGCAUGGAUGUACCAUGGCCACGUUUGUAUGCAGGGUGCAGUUCUUAGAUGAUACUGAUCCAUUCAACAGCACCAACUUUCCGGAGCCCACCAGACCACCUCUGUUCACCUUCAGAGAGGAGAUCCCGCUCAUAAACCAGAUAGCAGGGGUGCACAGACUUCUCAAGGCUCCACAGAAGCUUGAUGACUGUGCACUGCAGCUAUCCCAUAAUGGAAGCUACCUGGACCUGGAGUCCACCCUGGCGGAACAGAGGGACGAGCUGGAGGGCUUCCAGGAGGAAGGAGGGAGGGGCAAGAAGCACAGCGUCAUCCUGCGGACUCAGCUCUCAGUGAGAGUCCACGCCUGUAUAGAGAAGCUCUACAACUCGACGGGUCGGGAGCUGAGACGGGCGCUCUUCUCUCUGAAGCAGAUCUUCCAGGACGAUAAAGACCUGGUGCAUGAGUUCGUCGUGGCUGAGGGACUCACCUGUCUCAUUAAAGUGGGAGCAGAAGCAGAUCAGAACUACCAGAACUACAUCCUCAGAGCUCUAGGUCAGAUCAUGCUGUAUGUGGAUGGGAUGAAUGGGCUGAUUGGACACAAUGAAACGGUGCAGUGGCUCUACACGCUGGUGGGAUCAAAGUUCCGUCUGGUGGUUAAGACGGCACUGAAGCUGCUGCUGGUGUUUGUGGAGUACACGGAACCCAACGCUGCGCUGCUCGUCCAGGCUGUGAACACUGUGGACACCAAACGAGGUUGUAAGCUGUGGUCCAAUACCAUGGAGAUUCUGGAUGAGAAGGAUGGAGUGGACACUGAGCUACUGGUGUACGUCAUGACCCUCAUCAACAAGACGCUUGCAGGUCUUCCAGAUCAGGACUCAUUCUAUGAUGUGGUGGACUGUCUGGAGGAGCAGGGUAUCGAGGUCAUUGGCCAGAGGCACCUGAACAGAAAGGGCACUGACCUGGACCUGCUGGAGCAGUUCAACAUCUACGAGAUGACCCUUCGUCACGAGGAUGGUGAUGAUGAGACAGCUCCGCCUCCAGUGGGCCGGAAAGACCGCCGUAGGGCGAGUCUGUGUGGGACGCUGGAGAGGCGGGGCUUGGAGCGUAGGCGGAGCCGCAGACACUCGCUUCAAAAUGGCAAAGGCCCCGCUUCUGCUCCCGCCUCCCCCUGUCAUAGCCACGCCCCCAGCUUCAUGCCGUUUAACGGCCAGAGGAUUGAGGACGUCACAGAGAGAGAAGAGGAGGAGGAGGAGGAGGAGGAGGAAGAUGAGGAGGGACCUCAGAAAUCUCUCUCUAGACAGGGAUCUGCCAGAGAGGAGGCGUCUAGUUUGUGUUUGCCUGUUAAAUGCAUGGCUGGGCUCCUCCUCGCCGGAGCUGCCGAGUCUGAGCCGCGGCGCGGCGUGAGCGGCGCCGGACGCGCGGGAGGUAAAGUCGUCUGCAGAGCUCCAGCGCCGUUAAGCCCCGACUGCGCUCUGUCCCCCGGCCUCUCCUCCUGGGCCUCCGUCAGGUCCCUGGGGGCCCUCCCCGGUGGGGCUUCCUCCGCCACCUCCUCCGCCUCCUCCUCCCCCAGCGAAGACCCCGCCUCCCCCCUCCCUUCCCAGUCCCCUCCCCCUCUCUCCUCCUGCCCCUCAGGCUUGGACCAGGCGCCUGUGGGGGCCCCUCGGGGCCAGCGGGGCCGAGACGCAGAAAAGCGCUCCAGCAGGCAGAACGGCUACGCGGCCACCUUUCCCGGCAGGUCAUCCGGCGUAUCCAGCGCCCCCUCGAGCCCCUUCGGCCGCUUCAUCUCUACAGGAAGCCCACCUGCAGACGGAAAACCUGACAGGCCGGCUCUGGGGGGUUUACUGACCUCCUCUUACAGGCAGCAUCAGGAGAGCCUGGCUGCGGAGCGAGAGAGGAGGAGGCUGGAGAGAGAGGAGAGGCUGCACAGGAUCGAGCGCGAGGAAAGAACCCGCUUCAACCGCGACUAUGUGGAGAAGAGAGAGGAAGUCAGACACGCUCGAGAAGAAAGGUAUAAGCAAGUGGAGCGUCUGGCAGCGGAGGAGUACGAAAGAGAGCGCGUGACAUCAUCACCACGAGGACGAACAGAGAUCACGCUCAGCCUGAGCUCUCGGACCCCCGUCACCACACGCUGUCACACACAUAUCUCCACAGAGCCUCAGGAGGACACACACAUUCACACACACUCCACACAAGAAGCUGAGCCAGUGCAGACAGCAGCAGAGCCUCCCUCCGAGCCAGAGGAAGAACAGAAGCCUGUGGACGAGAAGGACGUAACCCUGUCUUUCCUUCACUCGGAGAGCGACACACGGCCAGAUGAAACAGAGAAAGAGCAGCUAGCAGGAGAUGGAGGGAAACAGGAGGGACAAGAGGAGAGAGGAGAGAAAGACGUGACUGGGAAAGAAGAGGACGAAAGGGAAGGAGGAACGGAGGAACGAACGGAGGCAGAGGAGGAAGAGGAGGAGCAAGGGAAAGAACACAUGGUGGAGGAGAGCACCGUCCUCAGUGAGAAAGAGAGGCAGAACGAGGAACUGAAUGAGAAAGAUAACUGUUCUGCCUCCAGCAUCUCCUCAGCCAGCAGCACUCUGGAGCGCGAGGAGAGGGAAGAGAAGCUCAUGAGUGACAGCGACUCAGGUCAGUGGGCAGAUUGCAUUAAGGCUGCAGAGAUCAACGAACAAUGUGGCAAAGUCCUCAACAGCAAGCGCUUCAUGCUGGACAUGCUCUAUGCCCAGAACAAGAAGCCAGUAGCAUCGGAGGAGGAGAAGGAUAGUGAGAAAGAGAAGGAGAUUGAGAAGGAGAGAGACUCAAGCCUGGCUUGCCGAAUCUCCACACUGGAGGCGCGGCGGCAGGCCUGUGAGGAGAAUGUGAAGAAGAUGGAAGCGCAGCACUUGGACAACCAGGGCAACGUGCGAGCCGUUGCCGAGAAAUUCGGUGACUUGGUGAAGGGACUGUCUUCAUCUCAUGAAGCAGAGCAUGCCGGGAAGGAAAAACCGCCGCCCCCACCACCAUCCCCCACACCUACACCUGCACCACCCAAGAAGGAGUCAGACCACAUCUGGGACCAGCUGAUGGCUACCCCCCGAGAGCUCAGGAUAAAAGAAAUGGACUUCACGGACCUUGGCGAGGAGGACGACGUGGACAUUUUGGAUGUUGGGAACUUGAUGGGGUCAGGUGACCACCUGCCACCUCCUCCCCCACCUCCUUGUAUACCCAACCUUCCACCCCCACCACCCUUAUUUGGGUGCCCACCUCCUCCUCCUGUUCCAAGUAUAAUGCCACCCCCUCCCCCACCCUCUAUGACCUCAAUGUCACCUUCAAACCUCGGAUCCCCUCAGCACAGCCGGGGAGAACCCCCGCUCUUCCAGAAGAAGAAAAAGACCAUCAGGCUCUUCUGGAACGAGGUUAGACCCACAGACUGGCAGUGCGGCAGCCAUAAGAACUGCAAGGAGUCACUGUGGACCAAACUGGAUCCGGUCAAACUGGACACAGCCAAGUUGGAGCACCUGUUCGAGACCAAGUCCAAGGAGCUUCCGGUUACAAAGAAAACAGCAGCUGAUGGUAAACGACAGGAGAUCAUCGUUCUCGACUCCAAAAGAAGCAACGCCAUCAACAUUGGCCUGACGGUCCUCCCGCCGCCUCGCACCAUCAAAACAGCCAUCCUGAACUUCGACGAGUACGCGCUGAACAAGGAGGGCAUAGAGAAAAUCCUGACAAUGAUUCCUACGGAAGAGGAAAAGCAGAAGAUCCAGGAAGCUCAGCUGGUGAACCCGGACACUCCCCUGGGCAGCGCUGAGCAGUUCCUCCUCACGCUCUCCUCCAUCAGCGAACUGACCGCACGCCUGCAGCUCUGGGCCUUCAAGAUGGACUACGACGUCUUAGAGAAGGAAGUGGCCGAGCCCCUACAGGACCUGAAGGAGGGCAUGAAUCAGCUGGAGAGCAAUAAGACAUUACGCUUCAUUCUGUCAACGCUGCUCGCCAUCGGCAACUUCCUGAACGGCUCAAACGCCAAGGGCUUUGAGCUGAGUUACCUGGAGAAGGUUGCGGAAGUGAAGGACACUGUGCAUAAGCAGUCUCUGCUGCACCACGUCUGCUCCAUCGUUGUGGAGAAGUUUCCAGAAAGUUCUGACCUGUACUCCGAGAUCGGAGCCAUCACGCGCUCGGCUAAGGUGGACUUCGACCAGCUGCAGGACAACCUGUGUCAGAUGGAGCGGCGCUGCAAAGCAUCAUGGGACCACCUGAAGGUCAUCGCUAAGCACGAGAUGAAGCCGGCGCUGAAGCAGCGCAUGUCGGACUUCCUGAAGGACUGCGCCGAGAGGAUCAUCAUCCUAAAGAUCGUCCACAGACGCAUCAUCAACAGGUUCCACGCGUUCCUGCUGUUCCUGGGCCACCCACCGUAUGCAGUGAGGGAGGUGAGCAUCCACCGCUUGUGUAAGAUCCUGAGCGAGUUUGCUCUGGAGUACCGGACCACCAGAGAGAGGGUCCUGCAGCAGAAACAGAAAAGAGCCAACCACCGCGAGAGGAACAAAACCCGCGGGAAGAUGAUCACCGACAGCGGGAAGUUUGCGGGCUCGUCGGCGGAGGGUCCGGAGGCUCCGCCCCAGGGGCUGGGCUACGCUGAGGAUGUGGCGGAGCACGAGCAGAUGACUGCAGUACUGCGCAACAGUCUGCAGGGCGGCGACAGCACCACAUCCGUACUGCCCGGCCUCCGCACGCGCACCAGAGCCGGCCGAGGCCGCAUGGCACUGUGGUCGUCAGCCAAUGAAGAACCGACGAACGGCCUAGAGGACACAGCGGACGAGAUAAUGGAGCGCAUUGUGAAGUCGGCGACUCAGGGCCCGAGUCAGCGCAGCCAGCCGCGGGAGAGGAGGCGCUCUAGAGCCAACCGCAAAUCCUUAAGAAGAACACUGAAGAGUGGUCUGACCCCAGAAGAGGCUCAGGCUCUCGGACUGUCCAGCGGCUCUGAGAUGCAAGUGUGACACAAAAAACGGACUGGAGCAGCUCAGGGUGUCGACACUUUCUCACAGAGUUUCAGCACCACUCGACCCGCCGGCCUCCGCGGCCUCGGCGCCGCUGCCGUGGAAACGUCCACACUUCACCACACUUUUACACUUUUAAGGCAUUUUCAGAAGACAAGCACAGCAGGAGUCGGUCAGCACACGGCCGGCGCUCUCGGCCCGGUACUGACGGACCAGCGGACCGGUUCUCCUCUGCAGAGACAGACUAGUGUUUCUAACCCCUGUGGCCUUGAGAGCAACCCAAAGAGCUGCGCUUCAGCCAGCUGCUCUCUGUCGCCCCCCUGUGGUGAUAAGACAGACUGUAUUGAUUAGUAGCACCUUCAGCUUUAAAGGAGCGGUUCAAACCGAACGCACGCGCUUUUCCACUCAGCCCAGACGGAGGCGACCAGCCGAGACACGUCCACAGGACAAAUUUAGCUUCCGGAGCUUCGAGGCCGACAGUAGAAGUUCUGUAGAUACGUCUCGGGUCACUCGGGUCCUCAGCCCGGCGCCCUCAUUCGCGCUCUUCUCACGCCAGGGUUAUCAUCAGGGCUGUAACGACUCAAACUGCCACACAAACGUCCACCGUCACGUGUUUUGGUACCAGAAGAUGGAACCAUGAUACCCCCAGAACCUGCCGUCACCACUGCAGAUGCAGCCUCUCAUUAUUGCACUCUUCCACUGCCUGGUACUCAAAUCAGCGGUUUUACAGCCCUUUAGGUAUCGACUCGGCUCACUUAGAACCUCAGAGGAGGUGGUACCAAAAACAGUACCAGGUACCAGAUUUGCUGGAUGGAGAAAAAAGGCAGGUCGAGUAAGAAAAAUCACAAUUAACGCAACGCGAACAUCACGAAAUUAGCGUCCCUUUAAAUUGAGUCGAGAUGUACUCAACGUUCUUUAGGGUUCUCUUUAGUGUCCCAACUUCUCAGUGAUUUAAUAAAACCUAAAAAUCUUUUUCCUUCUUUUAUUUUCACUUAGUGUUUCACUUAUUUUGAUAAAUAAUAGUGUCAGCUUGGGUUUAUUCAGUUCCUCAGCUCCAGGACCGAACACAGGAACACGGGAACACAGGAACACAGGAACACACUUCUAAACUCGAACACUGAAAAACUAAAACCAGCUUUUAUUGUUUUCCAGAUAAGAAGCACAUUUUUAUACUGCUAGUUUUAAUUCACUGUAAAUUCACGCAGGCGUCCAAACACUAAAACACGCUCGUAUUUAUUUCUGUAUCUCCGUCUAAAACUGAAGACCGUUCUUCAUGAACAUAAGCGGAAAACGAGGAAGGGAACCUGUGAUCUGUUGUCUGAAGCUACGUGGUGAAGUUCUGCUCAUGUUGACACAGUGAGUCUCUAUGGCGCCCCCUAGUGGCCAUUCUGCUGGCAGAAUGGAAAUCGAGUCCGAUUUUUUAGUUAAAUAAAUAAAAUGUGUCCCCAUAACUCUCAUCAGAUGAGCUAGGACUGUCGUCUUUCUGCGUGAAACGCUGAGCUGCCAGUGACCGUAGAGAAAAACCACAAAGGCGGCCGUGCCGGGAUAAAACGGGAAUCCUGAACUCGCACAAUAAACUCGCAACAAAGCGGAAAAUGCAGCUCUGCUGUCGUAAACGACACACAUGGGCAUAUAUUCCAUCAAUAUUAUGGAAUAUUAUACUAUGGAGGAAAACUGGAAGAACUUCUAGAGAAAGGUUUUGGGUGACUAUUGACUUCCACUGUUGGCAGCGAUGGCCUCGUCGCUCUGGUUCUAGACUAAAGUAGAAAAAUCUGGAUUUUCAGAUCCAGGCUCAGCUGAUCACCUACGUUUGGCGUGAAAUGGGAAUGCGUGUAAAUAUGAUAUUUCACUGAACCGCUCCUUUACCAUCCAGUAGAAACUGUGGAGCACAGGUUUAUAAACCACUGAGGAGGACCCCGACGGGCGUCUCCCUCUCCCUGCACUGCUGUGGUGUUCUUCCUUCUCCUCCUUCUCCUCCUCCUCCUUCCUUUUGUUGCAUGUUUUUGAACUUGGAGUCCACAGUAAGAGCUUGAAUGUGACCAGCAGUACAGAACACUCGCCCGCAGUGCAGACCGCUGACCUUCAGGACCUGCCGUCCGUGCUGCAGACCGUCUGGAGGUGUUGGAGCUGUUCUGCAGAGGCUGUGGCCACAGUCGGAUCUUAACAGAGAACUCCAGGAUUUUCUGUCCUGACCUCUGUCUGCUGUGUCUGUAAUGCAGGUCGAUCAUUUAAACACGUUUCCCUGAACUUGGAAAACCGCGGAGCGCUCACUGACCCUAAACUCACUUAUAAUGGAAGUCAAUGGGCAGCUGCUGUAUUCACUGCGUUUCCGCCGUAUCCGUAUAAUCUGUAGUUUUCCAGAGGGAAGAAUUUGAGGUCACCAGCUUGGUGGUGUGGGUGGAAUUUUCACAGGGUGGAUCUUAAUGAAUAACAAAAACAUUUUAUUACUGUUUUGCUGCAGUGCCGUACAGUGAGAUACUUUACCUUUUACCUGGCGUUGUUGCUCUUAGUCGCUUCCAUUUCACAAUAACAGCACUUACAGUUGUCCAGGGCAGCUCUAGCAGGGCAAACAUUUCACAGACUGGCUUGCCGCACUCUAAAAGUGCGACGUUUAAAGUCACUGAGAUCUUCAGGGCAACCCAUUCUACUGUCAGUGUGUGUGUCUGUGGAGGCUGCAUGGCUGUCUGCUUGAUUUUACCCACCUGCUUGUCAUGGGUGUGGCUGAAACACGUUUCAUGAUGCUCACUUAUGGCUAUAUGGUGUAUAUUAGCACAAGCUGCCUGUGGAAGUCUUUGUUUUGAGUGGGUUUGUUUUUGUUUCAGGGCUUUUUUUAAAAUUCAUUCGUGCAUCAUAAAGAACGCUCUGCACUGCGCUAAGCUACCAAAGCUAGCAGACUUUGCGCCCACAGAGGUCUGGCUUGUAAAACUAGAAUCUAGCCUCAAUCCAACGCCUGCAAAUCCUCGUUAUUAAGCACAGUUAAAAGGUUUAGUCGCGGAAUUUUGCAUCUGCCCAUUGACUUCCACUCUAACUGAACUGCGCCGGGUUCCCAAACCAAAUUUACUGCCAGGCCAAGGGUGCGUAGUGUAGUAGAGGCAUUGCGCUGAUAUCGCAGUUGUAAUAUUUACUAGUUUUAAUUUCAUUUUUAUAUGUGCAAACAAAAACAAAAACCUAGGAAAUAAAAGCUAAAACAACUUGGCCAUAGAAAUGUAAUAAAAAUGACCACAUUAAACUGACUGUUAGUAAAAAUUGACUGCAGUUAGAAUUAAUUGAUAAAAGGCUUGAAUUAAAUCUUACAUGAUAAAAUAUCAUUUCUGCAAUUAAAAGCUGCGGACACUUUUUAGCACUAACAGUGUUUCUAGAUUAAAAGUUAAAAGCAUCUGUACCAGUUUACUAUUAUUAGGCUUUUUCCCUUAAACCUCAAAACUGCGUUUCUGAGAAUUUCAAAUUUUCUUUGUUUUGUUUUGUUUUUUGUUUUUUUUUGGCAGGAAAAUGAGAGUUUCAUUGUGGAGGGUCUUUAAUAUGUAUGAGCUCAUUUGCAUGUGGUCAUUAUCGCAGUUUUCAGAAUCUGGCUUUGAGUUUUCUGCUUUUUUUUCCAAGUUCAUAAUUACUGUGCAUGUUAAUCAGCUGUACAGUAACGACACAGCAGACGGAGAUCGGGAUGAGAACCCUGGAUCGCUCCUGUAAUUCCCGUGUGAUGCAUGACUGUGUUAGUACGCAAGUCUGGCUGGUGUUCUUUCACAAACGUGUGCCUUUCAGAAAACAGACUGACUUCUCAGCACAGCAGCACACGCGGGUUUGGGCGUUCUUUGGGUGGACGGUCAGAAAACAGCGCAGCACUUCAGUCAUUCGUGCAGAAAAAUCCACACAGCGGUUCUGCGAGAACGUCCACUACACAGGCCGGCAGAACCUCUAGCACCUUAUUACGUAGAACAUGGAGGAACUUCAGUGGACUUUCAAGUAUUAACAAAAAAAUAAAAAUAAAUAAAUAAAGUAUGCAUUUUUGUUUUCGCCGCCUUCUCAGAUUACGGAGUACUGUAACGUGGAAAUUACGACGUAGAACAGAAACACAGGCCGCAGGAGAAAACAGAUGCUGUACAAUUGUGUAAAUGACGUUUUAGUUUGUAUUUUUGGGAGUUUGGUCUGUAUUUUGUAUAGAAUAGUGUAUAAUAGGUGGAAAGCAGUGUUAUCUGUGAAAAUGAAUUGUAAUUUAAGAGAAUUAAAACCAGUCCGGCAUGGUAAAACCAUCUAAAGACAGACGUUCUUUUCUUUUCGGCACGACGUUUUUGGGAGAUUUUUCAGUGAAUCCUGCUCUUUGUCAUGCUUCAUGUUUUUACUCAGCACAAACUUGAAACGGUCAGCGUUGUCCACUCCACUCCCGCUCGAAAAGCCUUCGGUAUCGUUGCACUUACAUCCUGAGUAGAAUUCAGCCCAUUGCUGCAAAGUGCCAUACAGAUGAAAAGCUGGGUAUUGAGCGAGAACCGAGAAUGUGAAUUUAUCUUCUUAAUACCCACAGCAAAAAAAAUCAACUAUAUACUGUAUUCAAAUCUUGCAAUAAAAGCUUUUUCUGAAGCAUCCAGA